AUGGAAGCAGAAAUGAUAUGUACAGAACCACGGCCACUGUCAAGAAAUGAGAGCCUGGUUUUUGCAGUCAAUGGAGAAAGGUUUGAGAUCCAAAAUAUUGACCCUUCUACUACUUUGCUCCACUUCUUGAGAUCCCAAACCCCUUUCAAGAGUGUCAAGCUUGGUUGUGGUGAAGGUGGUUGUGGUGCUUGUAUUGUUCUUCUGUCUAAGUACGAUCCUGUACUUAAAAAGGUUGAACAUUUUACCAUCAGUUCAUGUCUUACGCUUAUUUGCAGUAUAAAUGGCUGUUCAAUUACUACAAGCGAAGGCCUUGGAAAUAGUAAAGAUGGUUUCCACCCAAUUCAUCAAAGGUUUGCUGGAUUCCAUGCUUCUCAAUGUGGCUUUUGCACUCCAGGAAUGUGCAUGUCCCUUUUCUCGGCUCUCGUCAAUGCUGAAGAGAAACAGAGUCCCGAACCCUCACCCGGCCUCUCCAAGCUGACAGUUUCUGAAGCUGAAAAGGCUAUAACGGGAAAUCUUUGUAGAUGUACAGGAUAUCGACCCAUUGCAGAUGCCUGCAAAAGUUUUGCUUAUGAUGUUGACAUGGAGGAUUUGGGGUUCAAUUCUUUCUGGAGAAAGGGAGAUACCAAGGAAGUGAAAGUAAGUAGAUUGCCAUCCUAUAGUCCGAAGGAACAUAGUUGUAUGUAUCCUCGAUUCUUGAAAGACAAUGUUAAGUCUGUAAUUCUUUUGAAUUCUAGAAGAAAUUCUUGGUACGCUCCUGCAACUAUUCAGGAGCUUCUAAGCUUGUUGCACUCUGAUGUGGUGCAAAACGGUACAAAGAUUAAGCUGGUAGUUGGUAAUACAGGGACUGGUUAUUACAAGGACACAGAAAUAUAUGAUAAGUAUAUUGAUUUAAGGUAUAUUCCAGAUCUAUCGGCGGUUAGAAGGGAUAACUCAGGUUUCGAAUUCGGAGCAGCUGUGUCGAUUUCAAAAGUGAUUUUCAAUUUAAAGGAAGAACAAAAACUUAACUCGUGUUUGGAUGGAAAUAUGGUGUUUAAGAAAAUCGCUGACCAUAUGGAGAAGGUUGCUUCAGGGUUCAUUAGGAACUCUGCUAGUCUAGGGGGUAAUUUAGUGAUGGCACAGAGAAAUUAUUUUGCUUCAGAUAUAACUACGUUGCUUCUUGCUGUCGGUUCGAGCGUCAGCAUACUGGAAGGUCAUAAACACGAAAAAGUUACACUACAAGAAUUUUUGUCUAGGCCACCAUUGGACUCCAGAAUAGUUCUUAUAAGUGUUCAUAUCCCAUUUUUGGAACCAAUAAGAAAUAAUGAUUCUGUCGAAACUAGUUCUGGCUUGUUGUUUGAAUCCUAUCGUGCUGCAGCCCGGCCUCUUGGAAAUGCAUUACCAUAUUUAAAUGCUGCUUUCUUGGCUGAUGUUUCUUGCAAUAAAAAUGGAGUUUUAGUAAAUAAUAUUCAAUUGGCUUUUGGUGCUUAUGGGACAAGACGUGCUACAAGAGCACGGGAAGUUGAGGAAUAUCUGGCUGGGAAAACACUUAGUGUUGGCAUUCUAAAUAAAGCAGUUGAAUUAGUUAAAAGUUCUGUGAUACCUGAGGAUGGCACUUCUCAUGCUGCUUAUCGGUCCAGCUUAGCUGUCAGUUAUCUAUUUUCAUUUCUUUUUAGCUUUUCAAACAGUGUUGAUUAUGCGAUUUCUGAUGGCCCAUUUGAUAAAACUGAUGGCAUUUUGCUGGAAGAAGCUUGCAAAAGGAACAAUGACGAUGAUCAUAGUCAAAUUGUGCAACCAACAUUUUUGUCAUCUGCAAAUCAGGUCGUGGAAUCCAGUAGGGAGUAUUAUCCAAUUGGUGAAUCAAUUAUAAAAUCUGGUUCUGCCAUUCAAGCUUCUGGUGAAGCUGUGUAUGUGGAUGACAUUCCAUCACCACCAAACUGUCUUCAUGGAGCAUUUAUCAAUAGCACCAAACCUUUAGCACGUGUGAAGGGCAUUUCUUUUGAGUCUGACUCGCUACCAAAUGGGGUUACUGCUAUUAUCUCUUUCAAAGACAUCCCAGAAGGCGGGGAAAACGUUGGAAGCAAGACAGUGUUUGGUUUCGAACCUUUAUUUGCUGACGAUCUCACUAGGUGUGCUGGUGAGCCUAUUGCUUUUGUGCUUGCGGAGACACAAAAGUAUGCUGACGUGGCUGCUAAAAUGGCCCUGGUUGAUUAUGACACCAAAACUAUAGAUCCACCCAUUUUAACCGUUGACGAGGCUGUUGAUAGAGCAAGUUUUUUCGACGUUCCUCCUUUCUUAUACCCAGAAAAAGUUGGCGAUUUCGUGAAAGGGAUGGCUGAAGCUGACCAUAAGAUUCUCUCUACUGAGGUCAAGCUCAAUUCGCAAUACUAUUUUUAUAUGGAGACCCAAACUGCUUUAGCAAUCCCAGAUGAAGAUAACUGCAUGGUAAUUUAUAGUUCAAUUCAAUGCCCAGAGUUCUUGCAUAGUGUAAUUGCGAAAUGUCUUGGUGUUCCCGAGCAUAAUAUCCGUGUGAUUACAAGAAGAGUAGGUGGAGGCUUUGGUGGAAAGGCAAUAAAAGCAAUGCCUGUUGCUACAGCAUGUGCACUUGCCGCAUACAAAUUAUGCCGUCCAGUCAGGAUAUAUCUAGAUCGUAAGACUGACAUGAUAAUGGCAGGAGGAAGGCAUCCGAUGAAGAUAACUUACACUGUUGGAUUCAAAUCAAACGGGAAGAUAACAGCAUUGCACCUUGACAUAUUAAUAAAUGCGGGAAUAAAGCCAGAUAUUAGCCCUGCAAUGCCGAGUAACAUACUAGGUGCACUUAAAAAGUAUGAUUGGGGUGCUCUGUCUUUUGAUAUAAAGGUAUGCAAAACAAACCAUCCUAGCAAAUCUGCUAUGCGUGCCCCGGGGGAGGUGCAGGGAUCUUUUGUAGCUGAUGCUGUGAUAGAGAAUGUAGCUUCUGUGCUGUCAAUGGGAGUGGACUCUGUAAGGAAACGGAAUCUUCACACGUAUGAAAGCCUUAACUUGUUCUAUGGGAGUGCCGCUGGGGACUCCAUAGAGUAUACUUUGCCUACUAUAUGGGAUAAGCUGGCCAGAUCAUCAAGCUAUGUCGAUCGGAUUGCUAUGAUAGAACAGUUCAAUGGGUCUCACAAAUGGAGGAAACGGGGAAUUUCUCGAGUGCCAAUUGUGCAUGAAGUUUUAGUAAGACCGGCCCCAGGAAAAGUGAGCAUUCUUUGGGAUGGAUCUAUUGUUGUAGAAGUUGGAGGUAUAGAAUUGGGCCAGGGGUUGUGGACAAAGGUAAAACAAAUGACGGCUUAUGCUCUCAGUACAAUUCAAUGCGAUGGAAGUGAAAAUCUUGUCGAGAAAGUAAGAGUUAUACAGUCGGAUACCUUGAGCUUAAUUCAAGGAGGGUUCACUGCUGGGAGCACGACAUCUGAGUCAAGUUGUGAAGCAGUUAGACUAUGCUGCAAUGUUUUGGUCGAAAGACUAGCCCCUCUUAAGAAACAGUUGCAAGAGCAAAUGGAUUUCGUGAACUGGGAUAUCCUGAUUCUCCAGGCUCAUUUACAAGCUGUAAACUUAGUAUCAAGUUCUUAUUAUGUGCCAGAGUCCAGCUCAAUACGAUACCUGAACUAUGGAGCUGCAGUAAGUGAGGUAGAAGUGAAUAUUCUGACAGGAGAAACAAGAAUAUUGCGAUCAGAUAUUAUCUAUGACUGUGGACAAAGCAUGAACCCUGCUGUGGAUUUGGGACAGAUUGAAGGGGCUUUUGUACAAGGAAUUGGCUUCUUUAUGCUAGAAGAAUAUCUUACUAAUACAGAGGGAUUGGUGAUUGCAGAUAGCACAUGGACUUAUAAAAUUCCAACUAUUGACACUAUUCCCAAACAGUUCAAUGUUGAGGUUCUAAACAGUGGAUGUCAUAAAAAACGCGUUCUUUCAUCUAAGGCUUCAGGUGAACCACCAUUGCUUUUGGCCUCUUCAGUUCACUGUGCUACUAGAGCAGCCAUUAAGGAAGCCAGGAAACAGCUCAAAUCUUGGGGCAGUGUAUUAGAUGGUUCUGAUUCUACUUUCCAGUUGGAGGUCCCGGCUACCAUGCCUGUCGUUAAGAAACUCUGUGGGCUCGAUACAGUCGAGAGGUACCUACAAAGCUUGCUUACCCCUUGA